GAGGGCUCGCACUUGGGGGGGCCGACGUGGCGGGAGGGCUACUGAUUCCCGGGGCUUUGCAGCGGACCUGGCGUGCGGGUUUUGCUCCCACUUUGAGAAGGGCUGUUGGCCAUCAGGGUGGUCGGAGCUCCAGAGCAGGGAGAGCGGAAGACUGGCUCGAAGCAGCGCUUGAAGAGGGGCGACCGCAGCUGCUUUUGGGGUCUGCUGGCGCCUUGAGAGGCAGACCGAGCUCCGCUGCAGAGGAACCGGCCCGACUCCCUGGCAGCCACGGCCACGAGGACGCCCGUCCGCCAGGGACCCCCAACCACCGACCUCCUAGCCCAGGGAAAGGAGAGAGCCGCUUCCCAGGGUGCGGGCGCCGCCAGAGGGCGCCCUCGUGCCCCGGAGACGACCAAAGAGAGGGGCCGGCUGCCCUGCUUCCGCUUCCGGGUCUCCAGAGAAGAUGGCGGCGGCCUCCAGCCUCUCCAAGGCCGAGUACCUGCGGCGGCGCUACCUGGAGGGCGGCGAUGCCGAGGCGGGCAAGAAGCGGCGGCGGAAGAAGGCGGCGGCGGCAGCGGGCCGGAUGCGCAUCGUGGAUGACGACGACGUGAGCUGGAAGAGCCGGCCUGCCGACGAGGGCAAGGAGGAGGAGGAAGAAGCGGACGAGAGCGACCUGCCCGUGGUGGCUGAAUUUAUUGAUGAACGGCCAGAUGAAGUUAAAUGGAUGGAAACUUUCCGAGGAAGUAACAAAUGGAAGUUAUUAGGAGAUCAAAAUGAGGAGCCAUCGUCUGGACAUUCUACGGCAACUGCAUCAAUAAGCAGUUCAGAAACCUCCAGAACAAAUGAAAAAAAGCAUUUGUUGGACCAGUCCCCGCCUAGGAGAGCCCGUCAUGCCCAGCCUGAUCUGUCCCCUAAAAGAGAGCCGUCAGCAGGAGGCACACAUCAUGUCAGAGGUUCGAGUGGAAGCCAGCGUGAAUUGUUCUCAGACGAACGUUCAGCUGGCCAGAAGUUUAGGGCAACGGCUGGUGCGGAUGUGUCGCUGCCUUGCAAGAAAGCAUCUCGCCCGGAGGGAGACUUGCUGCUACCUCAGAAGGGGCUGCCAUCCAGGAGCACCCGGCAGUCCCAGCCAACAGCAGCAUCACCAAGGAAGCGGCAGAGACAUGAUUCGGAAUCCAGUUCUGGCUCUUCUACGACGAGGGGAGCUGAAGCCACCACAGAUUCAGACCUUUCCCCACCCCGGGCCACAGGCAGACCAGGCACACGGCGACCAAAUUCUCCUGAUCUCUCCCCUCCUAGAAGGAAUCGGCCCAGAUCUUCAGAUUCGGACUUAUCUCCUCCCCGAAGAGGAGCAGAAGCAAAAAAGAAAGGUCACAGGUCCAGGAGUCCCUCGACUGUCUUGCCACGUCAUCAGGCCACGGAGUCCAACGGGAGCGGCCAGAGGAUGCUGUCGGGGGGCAAAGCGGGCUUGGUAUCGGCUGAUCUGUUGAGAAUGGAGCAGCAGGAACAUAAGAAGGCUGGCAGCAGCAACAAUAGCAAACAUCUGGAGGAUGAAUCUCGGCACGCAAAGACAGUUUUCCGGGAUGAGAUGGGCCGUAAGAGGGACCUGAAGCAGGAGCGGCUGGAGCUGCGCAAGAAAGCAGAAGAGAAGUCGGAGCGAGAUGAGCAGUAUGCCAAGUGGGGCAAAGGCCUGGCACAGAGCAGGCAGCAGCAGCAAAAUGUGGACGACGCAGUGAAGGAAAUGCAGAAGCCCCUGGCGAGGUACAUCGAUGACCAGGACUUGGAUCAGAUGCUGCGGGAGCAGGAGCGAGAAGGAGACCCCAUGGCCGACUUCAUGAGGAAGAAGAAGGUGGCCAAGGAGGGGCAAGGCACCAAAGAAAAGCCCAAGUACAAUGGGCCAGCACCCCCACUGAACAGGUUCAACAUCUGGCCAGGCUAUCGCUGGGAUGGAGUAGACAGGUCCAACGGUUUUGAGAAGAAGCGCUUUGCCAGAAUAGCAAGUAAGAAAGCGACACAGGAGCUCGCGUACAAGUGGAGCGUGGAAGACAUGUGAGCCUCCGGGCCAAAGCGGGACAAAGACAUUUAGAGGCCCCUGCAGAAGCGGGAUACUUCCUCCUACCGGAGUUCACCUCCUAGAAUCUGCAGGGGAGCCUCUGUGCCCAGCGCAGCUUCACAGGAGCCCCGGAAUGCGGAGGGUUUUGAAGCCGUCGGAACGGAGGCCCCCGGGACGUCGGUCCAGCCGAAAGGCAGCACUCACAGGGCAGGCGGAGGAUGCUGUGCCUGGUCAUCACCUCUUGUCCCAGCGGCUGGGUACUUUGGGGAAGGAGAGGCGCGGAGAAGAUACGGCUCUUGCCUCCGUGCUCUGCGUCUCCCGUUGAAUGGUUCGCUUGCGAGGCUUUCCUGGCGUGAAGCAUCCUCGCCCUCUCGGCUCUUGGGAACUUCCGUGGCAUCUGCUCCUUCAACCAGUUCUCCUUAAAGGACUUGCUGGCACAGUGAAAUCCUUUUUGGCCAAAGCAGAAGAGGUUGGUUGGAGAUUCGGCUGGCAGCGCUCUCUAUUCUCACGGCUUCUGCAGCGUAAAUCCAGGGCGCUUUUUCUGGGCGUCCCUGAGAGCCUCCCAGAGAAAGCAGGUUCUGCAGAGCUGCGGGGCUGUCCAGAGAUUUUCAGUACUGGCAGCAAUUUAAGGAUAUGGUUUGUAAAUAACAGGCUUCUUUUUUCCUAA